AUGCAUCCAUCAAUACAAAUACUAAGUAGAUCAGUAUGGAAGGGUCCCCAUAUUGUUCCCUUACCCAUCGCAAAAGCAAUCCAAAACAAAACCAGUAUAAGAACAAAAGCUCGUAAUUGUACGAUAAUACCACAAUUUAUUGGAUUGAAAUUUGAAAUACAUAAUGGUAAAGAUUAUGUUGAAGUUGAAAUUACUGAUGAUAUGGUUGGUUCUAAAUUAGGGGAAUUUGCACCUACGAGAAAGAGAUUCAUGUACAAAUAUUCUAAGAAUUAG